AUGGGGGCGGAUCAAGUCAUCCGAUGCUGUAUACCAGAUUGGGAGCAAGAAGACGUGUUGGUCCACUGCCACACACUAGCCUGUGGUGGUCACUUCGGGCCAAAGAAGGCAGCAAGGAAAGUACUUGACAGCGGUUUCUACUGGCCCUCCAUCCAUAGAGACGCUUAUGAGUUCUGCAAGAGGUGCCCAAGAUGCCAGCUUACUGGAGGAAUCUCUGCAAUAGAUGAGAUGCCGCAGACCCUUUCAUGGGACCCUUUCCAUCUUCUGAAGGCCAUUAUCUCUUAUCAGGGAACUCAUUUCGUCAACAGAACCAUCGCAGCCUUAAUGAGAAAGUAUGGAGUCCACCACCGCCUAUCCACACCUUACCACCCGCGGUCCAAUGGCCAAGCUGAAGUAUCAAACAGAGAGAUCAAGGCGAUCUUAGAAAAACGGUUAACCCUACAAGAAAGGAUUGGAGCCGUCGUCUGGAGGAUGCGCUCUGGGAUUACAUGA